CCUCACAGAAACUUCGACAAUGAUGGUAAAACUGAAAGAAUGAAUUUCCAGGGCUGCAAAUUACCACCUGUGGCGCAAAUCUGACCCGCUGACGGAAAAGACAAAGAACAAAGUGAAGUUUGGAGCGCGAGCUCUGCCUGCUUUGAUUGAUGGGGGUUUAAACACGCGCGCGGAGCAUCGUGCGAUCAACGCCGCAUGCGUAACUGCCGUGGAGGCUCCAGACGCCAUGGCAUGGUGUGAUCGUGGGGUACAGACUCUGCUGGCCAUCGUGGGGGCUUUCGCCGCCUUUAGCCUGAUGACCAUCGCCAUCGGCACCGACUACUGGCUGUACUCGCGGGCUUACAUCUGCAACGCCACCAAUGUCACCACAGACGAGACCCAGAUCCAAACCAAGAAGGUGAAAGGCGACCUGACGCACUCCGGGCUUUGGAGGAUCUGUUGUAUCGAAGGUAUUAACAAAGGGAGCUGUUUUCGGAUCAACCAUUUUCCAGAGGAUAAUGACUACGACACGGACAGCUCUGAGUAUAUCUUACGUAUCGUGCGUGCAUCGAGCCUCUUCCCCAUUCUCAGCACCAUUCUGUUGAUGGUGGGAGGCCUGUGUGUUGGUGUCGGUCGCAUCUACAGCAGCAGGAACAACAUUCUGCUCAGUGCUGGCAUCUUGUUUGUGGCUGCAGGCCUGAGCAACAUCAUUGGCAUCAUUGUCUACAUCUCCAGCAACACCGGUGAUCCCAGUGACAAGAAAGGUGAGGACAAGAAGAACCAGUACAACUAUGGCUGGUCUUUCUACUUUGGAGCCCUGUCCUUCAUCGUAGCUGAGUCAGUUGGUGUCCUUGCUGUCAACAUCUACAUUGAAAAAAACAAAGAGACACGCUUCAGAGCACGAAAUGACUUCUUGAAAACCACAUCAUCCUCUUCACCAUACUCACGUAUUCCAAGCUACCGCUACCGCAGAAGGUGCUCGCGUUCCAGUUCAAGGUCGAGUGACCCAUCCCGUGAGCCCUCUCCAGUGGGGAUGAAGAUCGGUGGAGGAAGUGGUCUGGGGAUGGGGUUGCCAAUGGGGGAUAUAUCCAUGUACGCUCUCAGUAGAGAACCCUUGAAAGGCAGGAGUGGGAGUGCAGGGCCCUAUAGUCCUGAGAGGGAUUCUGGAUUUUUACAAGUCCAUAACUGCUUCCAGAAAGAUCUGAAAGAUGGCAUGAACAGGAGGACCACACCGGUUUAAUGCCGAGAGUGUAGUGCUGUGUGAAACAAUAACUUGAUGGAACAUAUCCCACAUUAUACAGCUGAUGAAGAAUUUUCCCGCAAGUGAUGAAGUCAGAAAGAUGAUGAAUGGUCCACACUCCAAAGUACUGUAAUUGAGUCCCUUUGUGACCGGAAGGCAAUGGUCUGUGCUCAUUUAGAC